AUGAGUCCUCCACUGCUGAAGCUUGGUGCUCUGCUCAGUACCAUGGCAAUGAUCUCAAACUGGAUGUCCCAAAUUCUACCGUCUUUGAUAGGACUGAACGCCACGAGCCUGUCGACGCCAGAUAUUUUAACUCAGAUUAGCCCUAAGGAAGGGUGGCAAGUAUACAGCUCUGCACAGGAUCCUGAUGGGCGAUGUAUCUGCACUGUGGUGGCCCCAGAACAAAACCUGUGUUCCCGGGAUGCCAAAAGCAGGCAACUUCGCCAACUGCUGGAAAAGGUUCAGAACAUGUCCCAGUCUAUUGAAGUCUUAAACUUGAGGACGCAGAGAGAUUUCCAAUACGUGUUAAAAAUGGAAACCCAAAUGAAAGGGCUGAAGGCCAAAUUUCGGCAGAUUGAAGAUGAUCGGAAGACACUAAUGACCAAACAUUUUCAAGAAUUGAAAGAGAAGAUGGACGAACUCCUGCCCUUGAUCCCUGUGCUAGAACAGUACAAAACAGAUGCCAAGCUGAUCACCCAGUUCAAGGACGAAAUCCGGAAUCUGUCUGCGGUCCUCACUGGGAUCCAGGAAGAGAUUGGGGCUUAUGACUACGAGGAACUGCACCAAAGGGUGCUCAGCUUGGAAACCAGACUGCGGGACUGCAUGAAGAAGCUAACAUGUGGCAAAUUGAUGAAAAUCACAGGCCCCAUUACAGUCAAGACCUCUGGAACUCGAUUUGGUGCUUGGAUGACGGAUCCUUUAGCAUCUGAAAAAAAUAACAGAGUCUGGUACAUGGACAGCUACACUAACAAUAAAAUCGUCCGUGAGUACAAGUCAAUGGCAGACUUCGUCAGUGGAGCGGAAUCCAGGACUUACAAUCUCCCUUUCAAGUGGGCAGGAACUAACCACGUUGUGUACAACGGCUCGCUCUAUUUUAACAAAUACCAGAGUAACAUCGUCAUCAAAUACAACUUUGACUUGGGGAGGGUGCUGGCCCAACGGAGCUUGGAGUAUGCUGGUUUCCACAACGUUUACCCCUACACGUGGGGUGGGUUCUCAGACAUUGACCUAAUGGCUGAUGAAAUUGGGCUCUGGGCCGUCUACGCAACUAACCAGAACGCAGGCAAUAUUGUCAUCAGCCAACUUAACCAAGAUACCCUAGAGGUGAUGAAGAGCUGGAGCACCGGCUAUCCCAAGAGGAGCGCGGGGGAAUCGUUCAUGAUCUGCGGCACACUCUAUGUCACCAACUCCCACUUGACCGGAGCCAAGGUGUAUUACUCCUACUCCACCAAAACCUCCACGUAUGAGUACACAGACAUCCCUUUCCACAACCAGUACUUUCACAUAUCCAUGCUUGACUACAAUGCCAGAGAUCGAGCUCUUUACGCCUGGAACAAUGGUCACCAAGUCCUCUUCAAUGUCACUCUUUUCCACAUCAUUAAGACUGAGGAUGACACAUAA